GCCCCGCGUCCCCGCCUUGCCCUUCGCAGGCUCCCGCAGCCCGGCCGCCUCGGCCGCCCGCCCCCGCCAGUGCGCACGCCGAGGGGCGGAGACGCAGCGGAACGGCUACAGACCGGUGCUUGUUGACUUGAAAAGUAAGGCGCGGACCGUCUGCACGUUAAUCGGACCCGCGCCACCCGACACUCCCUGGCCCAGUUGGGAUGAUUUGCUUCUGCCUGGAAAACUCCAGGUUGGCUCCAAUUUAAGGGGCCCCAGGCUCGAUUUCCAAAAUGUGCCUGGACCCCGGCCCCUCCCGGGCAUCCCGGGGCAGAGGGCGGUGGGGAGCUGGGCGGGCUCCAGCAGCUCGGACUCUUGGCCUGCGCGCCCGCUCCUUCGCUGGCCGCCAGCCCCAUCCCACAACCUGUCUCAAGCGCCUGGGACAGCCUCCAUCAUGUCUCCACUUCUAGGCCAGGUCUGCCCCCUUCCCUGAAGCCCUCCCCUGCUGCUCCUCUGUGCCCCUGAAGGGCUGGGAGAGUGUGGGGGGAGUUCCCUUUUAACGAUUUGGGGUUAUUUCCCACACUCAAACUUUCAGCCUCCUUUCCUAGGGCCUAGGAGGAGGCCAGCCUCUAGUCUGACAAUUUCCUCCAUAGCCCCCCGCUCUCUACAGUCGUUGUCCAGGUCUGACCCUACCUGUAACUCCCUCGCGAGGGGCUGAAAGGUGUGGGGCUGAGCUACGAUCGAGAGGGAGAGUAGUAACCGUAAAGAGGCUGUCCCCAAGGUCAGCUCUCCUUCCCCGCUGGGCCUGGAAAGAGUUAAGUGAGGGGGCCCUCCUCCCGCCCCCCUCUCCCUCGCUGCCCGGAUUCCAGGCCUGGCUUCUGCCCUUUCCCCCCAGCCUGCCUGGAACAAAGGCCCUUUCACACUCUGUCCUGGGCCUUCUCUGACUCAGAAGCUAGUGGACCUGGGCGAGAGGGCCUUUGUCGGUCCCGCACAAGCAACUCCGCGUGGGGCCAGCGUGGGGGAGUGAGGGGCGAGGCCCGGGGACCAGGAGGAGGGGCCUGUGAGCUGGGGCCGCCCCCGGGAUAAGCCCGGCCUUUGGGGGCCAGUGCUGAGGAGGAGCCGGGGCGGAGCCGCACAAGGCCCGGCCCGCUGCCGAGGAGAGUGUGACUCCGUGGGCCCGGGGUGGAGGGGGGGCAAAGCUGCAGCUGGCUGGGAAUCGGGGCUGGUUUCCUGUCUGGAAGGGAAGGGGCCCGCAGAGGGGAGCGGGGGCAGCAGCAGACAGGCACACCCCUGCCUUUCUCCCUCUCCUCCCUUCUGCUGGAAAAGCGAGGUAACUGUGAGCCCAGGGUGGGGCGGGCUGGAUGGGGGCCCCAAGUUGGAUGAGGUGGCCCUGGGGGUUGGGCUGCGUUAUCUCUUUGUCCCCCUCCCUGGGCUCACUCUCCCCUCGAGUCCUUGCCUUCAACUCUCUUCUUCCUUAAACUAAGCCAGAACCCCUCUCAAAGAGCUCCAACCUCCUGACAAACCCCACGACUCCGUAGAACCUGCAUGAAACGUCCCCUCCCUGCCCCCUUCCAGCUGUGCCUGCCCCUCACGCCCUACCGGCACACAGAUUCUCUGUCUGCCAGGCCAGGGAUGUGGGCGGGGGCUGGGGAGGGGCCAGAGACGCAAUGAAAGGGCCUUUUUCUUCCACAGCUGGGGGAACAGCUGCCACCAAAGCAAGACUGGACACUUUGUGCCCAGAGCCCCCUCUGCAGCUGGCCGCCCCUCCUGGGACCCUGCUCAUCCUCACCUCGCUUUCCUUUGCUGUUAUGCCCGGCUCCCGCCAGGGCUCUGGAACAGCGGUAGGCAAGGAAAGUUUGUCACAGCAGCCAGAGGGGUCUAACAGGAGUGCAGAAGGACAGGGGUGGCCUCUACCCUCUGCCCAAGAGCUGCCUCUUUCGAGACCAGGGGAGCAGCGGGAGGAGGGACUGUGGGGGCAGCGUGGUGCGGGCCCACCCCACCCCUCUGGAGGGGUCAACGAGGGAAGGGGCACUGGGGGGCACAGAGAUGCAGGACAGAUUGCACAUCCUGGAGGACCUGAAUAUGCUCUACAUUCGGCAGAUGGCGCUCAGCCUGGAGGACACAGAGUUGCAGAGAAAGCUAGACCAUGAGAUUCGGAUGAGGGAAGGGGCCUGCAAGCUGCUGGCGGCCUGCUCCCAGCGUGAGCAGGCUCUGGAGGCCACCAAGAGCCUGCUGGUGUGCAACAGCCGCAUUCUCAACUACAUGGGCGAGCUGCAGCGACGCAAGGAAGCGCAGGUGCUGGGGAAGACAGGCCGGCGGCCUUCUGACAGUGGGCCACCCGCUGAGCGCUCCCCCUGCCGCGGCCGGGUCUGCAUCUCUGACCUCCGGAUUCCACUCAUGUGGAAGGACACAGAAUAUUUCAAGAACAAAGGCGACUUGCACCGCUGGGCUGUGUUCCUGCUGCUGCAGCUAGGGGAACACAUUCAGGACACAGAGAUGAUCCUGGUGGAUAGGACCCUCACUGACAUCUCCUUUCAGAACAGUGUGCUCUUCUCUGAGGCAGGGCCAGACUUUGAACUGCGGCUGGAGCUGUAUGGGGCCUGCAUGGAAGAGGAGGGGGCCCUGGUUGGCGCCCCCAAGAGGCUUGCCACCAAACUCAGCAGCUCCCUGGGCCGCUCCUCAGGGAGGCGUGUCCGGGCAUCGCUGGAGAGUGCUGGGGGUUCGGGGAGCAGUCCCAUCCUGCUCCCCACCCCGACUGUGGGUGGUCCUCGUUACCACCUCUUGGCUCACACCACGCUCACCCUGGCAGCAGUGCAAGAUGGGUUCCGCACACACGACCUCACCCUCGCCAGCCACGAAGAGAACCCCGCCUGGCUGCCCCUUUACGGUAGCGUGUGUUGCCGCCUGGUGGCUCAGCCUCUCUGCAUGACUCAGCCUACCGCCACUGGUACCCUCAGGGUGCAGCAAGCUGGGGAGCUGCAGGACUGGGCGCGAGUGCAUGGAGUCCUGAAAGGCACAAACCUCUUCUGUUACCGGCAACCUGAAGACUUGGAUACUGGGGAAGAGCCGCUGUUUACUAUUGCGAUCAACAAGGAGACUCGAGUCCGGGCAGGGGACCUAGACCAGGCCGCAGGCCGGCCCUUCACUCUGAGCAUCAGUAACCAGUAUGGGGAGGACGAGGUGACACACACCCUUCAGACAGAGAGUCGGGGAGCCCUGCAGAGCUGGAUGGAGGCUCUGUGGCAGCUUUUCUUUGAUAUGAGUCAGUGGAAGCAGUGCUGUGAUGAAGUCAUGAAAAUUGAAACCCCCGCUCCCCGGAAACCACCCCAAGUCCUGGCCAAGCAGGGGUCCUUGUACCAUGAGAUGGCUAUUGAGCCGCUGGAUGACAUCGCAGCGGUGACAGACAUCCUGGCCCAGCGGGAGGGCGCGAGGCUGGAGACGCCCCCACCCUGGCUAGUGAUGUUUACAGAGCAGCCUGCCCUGCCUAGUCCCUGCUCGCCUGCUUCAGUGGCCCCAGCCCCAGCCCGGACCCACCCCCUGCCCUGGGGGCGACCCCGAACGUUCUCCCUGGACGCUGUCCCCCCAGACCACUCCCUUGGGGCUUCCUGCUCGGUGGCCCCUCUUCCCCAGCAGCGAUCCCCACGGUCCAGAGGACUCUGCAGCAAAGGCCCACCCCGCACUUGGCUCCAGUCACCAGUGUGAGAGAGAAGGGUGCUGGCAACAGGAUCUGGCCAGAAGAGGAGAUGACCUAUGUGCAGUUGGGCUCUGGACAUGGCGCUGUCUUUAGCAGGUUGGCCAGCUUGGCCUCCCCUUCUUCUGCUGGACUGGGAGUA